AUGCCGUCUGAUUUCUUCAAGAAUCGCAGAGUCUAUCUGUUGACUGGCGUUGCCUACAUGGGCUCGCUGCUCUUCGGAUAUGACACCGGGGUUAUGGGCAGCGUUCUUGCGCUCAAAUCUUUUAAAAGAGACUUUGGAUUGCCGACAGAAAAGUCUGGCUUCGCCGACUCCAGGAACGCCGAAGUUUCUUCUAAUGUAGUGUCGCUGUUAACAGCAGGAUGCUUCUUUGGCGCCAUAGGAGCAGCAUGGCUUAACGAGCGUUUCGGUCGACGAUAUUCUCUCAUGGGCUUGUCUGUCAUCUUUCUGAUAGGUGCUGCGCUCCAGACUGGCGCUCAUCACGAGAUUGGCCUGAUCUACGGUGGCCGCGUCAUUGCUGGCCUCGGCAUCGGUGGCAUGUCUUCUAUCACACCAGUCUUUGUUUCCGAGAGCGCGCCCCCGGCUGUUCGUGGACGCAUAGCAGGUCUCUUCCAGGAGUUUCUCGUCAUUGGCAGCACGUUUGCUUACUGGCUUGGAUAUGGCGUGAACUUACACAUGCUGAGCGAAACCAAGCAAUGGAGAGUUCCUGUUGCUAUCCAACUUAUCCCUGGAGGCUUCAUGCUGCUCGGACUUUUCUUUUUGAAGGAAUCUCCUCGAUGGUUGAUGUCAAAAGGCCGACAUGAAGAGGCUGUCAAGUCUCUUUGCUUCAUUCGCUGCGAUACGCCUGAUAGCCCGGAGUUACAACAAGAGCUGGCAGAGAUCCGCGCUGCUGUUGAAGAAGAGCUCAAUCAGACCGAAGGAAUUACCUGGAAAGAGUGCCUUCUCCCAGGGAAUAGAUAUCGGUUCAUCACUGGCUUCGUUCUCAUGUUUUGGCAACAAUUUAGCGGCACAAACUCGAUUGGUUACUAUGCGCCACAAAUCUUCCAAGCUAUUGGCGUCUCUGCCUCCAAUGCCUCCCUGUUCGCAACUGGUAUCUACGGUACUGUCAAGGUCAUCACUACGGGAAUUUUCCUCCUUGUCGGUAUCGACUUCCUCGGCCGCAAGAAAUCUCUAAUGGCUGGCGCGGUAUGGAUGUCAUCCAUGAUGUUCAUCAUCGGAGCAGUACUCGCAACUCACCCACCCAACCCCACAUCGUCGACUGUAAGCUCGGCAUCCAUGGCCAUGGCAGCCAUGAUCUACCUAUACGUCAUCGGUUACUCAGCUUCCUGGGGCCCAGUCCCAUGGGUCUACCUCUCCGAGAUAUUUCCCACGCGUCUCCGUUCGUAUGGUGUCGGAAUGGGCGCUGCAACCCAAUGGCUCUUCAACUUUGUCAUAACCAAAAUCACUCCAGCUGCAGUCAACAGUAUUGGAUGGAGAACAUUCCUCAUGUUUGGAAUCUUCUGUCUUGCUAUGAGUGUAUUUGCUACCUUUUUCAUCAAGGAGACCAAGGGUAAGACUCUGGAAGAAAUUGAUCUUUUGUUUGGAGACGUGUCAGCCGAACAACGAAGGAUGGACAUCGAGGCGGGUUUGAAAGAGGAACAGCGGAAACACUCGGUCGCUUAUGCGGAGAAUGCCACUGAGCUUGGCAACCGGGCGGGUAAGGAUUAA